AUGGAGUCACCAUCCCAGGAGAAAAGAGGGACCCAAGUCAUCACAAUAGAACCAAAUGAAACUGUGUUAACUGCCUUUCCUUACAGACCACACAUCUCUCUGCUGGAUAUUCUAAAGGGGGAGCCAAAACUCUUGGGGGCUAUCCAGAUCCUGCUUGCUCUGGUCAUUAUGAGCCUUGGAAUUAUAUCUGUCCUCACUUUCUCCAAAAAAUUCCCCCUCGUUUUCCUCACAGGAUACCCAUUCUGGGGAGCAUUAAUUUUCUUUGUUACAGGAUUACUCACUAUGACCAAUGGGAAAUCAAAUAAAAUUUGGGGACUAUCAGUCAUGAUCAUGAAUGUCAUCAGUUCCGUGGCUGCGUUGGCUGGGAUUAUAAUCACCAUUAUCAGCUUUACACAGCAACACAAGUUCUGCCAGAUGCCUUCCCUUGAAGGAAUAUGCGUUUUUGGUAAAACACUUCUUGUUGGAGCUUUGUCAAUCUUAUUAAUCAUCAGCAUAGCAGAGUUCGGCAUCUCUGUAACUAUCGCAUCCUUCAGAAGCAAAUGCUGGACACAUUCAAAUAAGGUUGUGUUUUUCUUGCCUUCAGAUGUUAUUCAAAAUGGUGAACAACCUGCUCCCAAAGAAAAUGCUCAGAUACAAUUUGAGCUUCAAGAGGGCAGUCACACUGAUGGUACUUCAAACAUACAAACCGUUUUCUUUGGAGGCUACACUUUCUACAAGUUGAGAGUCUCAAAAAAUCCUUUGCCCUCCCAAGAAAGAUCAGAGCCAAGUGAAGAAGACAGGACAAGUUCCCAUGUACUUUCUGUUUUAGAAGAGCAACAGGAAAGUAUACCUCUACCAUCCAAGUCAUCACAGGAAGAAAUUGAGCCAGAACCCACAUUAGAGGCAAGGUCCUCAGAAAGCACUACACAUUCUCUGAAAGGCUCUGUAAGUGAACACAUAAAUGAUUUAGAAUCUACUCUAGUACAACCCUCUGAAACACAAGACCAGCUUCCGGACCUGGACUCACUACUCCAAGGGCUCGCAGAUUCAUUGCCCAGUGACUUGCCAUCUGAACUUCCACUCUCACAAUCCCUAUCAACACAAGUCUUGCAGUCUGAACUUUCAUCAUCCCAUCUCAUACCGUCAAGUGAUAUGACAACUGAAGACUUGCCCUCUCUGGAGGAACCACCUCAGGAGGAACCACCGCAGGAGGAACCACCGCAGGAGGAACCACCGCAGGAGGAACCACCGCAGGAAGAACCACCAAAGGGGGAACCACCGCAGGAAGAAUCACCAAAGGAGGAACCACUGCAGGAAGAACCACCAAAGGAGGAACCACCAAAGGAGGAACCACCCCAAAAAGAGCCACCCCAAGAUGAACCACCCCAAGAUGAGCCACCUCAAGAUAAGCCACCCCAAGAAGAACCACCUCAAGUAGAACCACCUCAAGUAGAACCAUCUCAAGAAGAACCACCUCAAGAACCACCACCUCAAGAACCACCACCUCAAGUAGAACCACCUCAAGAAGAACCACCUCAAGAAGAACCACCUCAAGAACCACCACCUCAAGAAGAACCACCUCAAGAAGAACCACCUCAAGAAAAACCACAAGAAGAACCACCUCAAGAACCACCACGUCAAGAACCACCACGUCAAGAACCACCACCUCAAGUAAAACCACCUCAAGAAAAACCACGUCAAGAAAAACCACGUCAAGAAAAACCACGUCAAGAACCACCACGUCAAGAACCACCACGUCAAGAACCACCACGUCAAGAAAAACUACCUCAAGAACCACCACGUCAAGAACCACCACCUCAAGAACCACCACGUCAAGAAAAACUACCUCAAGAACCACCACGUCAAGAACCACCACGUCAAGAACCACCACGUCAAGAAAAACUACCUCAAGAACCACCACGUCAAGAACCACCACCUCAAGAACCACCACCUCAAGAAAAACCACGUCAAGAAAAACCACGUCAAGAAAAACCACAUCAAGAACCACCACCUCAAGAAAAACUACCUCAAGAACCACCACGUCAAGAACCACCACGUCAAGAACCACCACGUCAAGAAAAACCACCUCAAGAAACACCACGUCAAGAACCACCACGUCAAGAACCACCACGUCAAGAAAAACCACCUCAAGAAACACCACGUCAAGAACCACCACGUCAAGAACCACCACGUCAAGAACCACCACGUCAAGAAAAAUUACCUCAAGAACCACCACGUCAAGAACCACCACGUCAAGAACCACCACGUCAAGGAAAACCACCUCAAGAAAAACCACGUCAAGAAAAACCACGUCAAGAAAAACCACAUCAAGAACCACCACGUCAAGAAAAACCACGUCAAGAACCACCACCUCAAGAACCACCACGUCAAGAACCACCACGUCAAGAAGAACCACCUCAAGAAGAACCACCUCAAGAAGAACCACCCCAAGAAGAACCACCCCAAGAAGAACCACCUCAAGAAGAGCCACCCCAAGAUGAGCCACCUCAAGAAGAACCACCUCAAGAAGAACCACCUCAAGAUGAACCACCUCAAGAUGGACCAUCCCAAGAUAAACCACCUCAAGAUGAACCAUCCCAAAAUGAACCACCCCAAGAAAAUGAACCAUCUCGAGCUGAACCAUCCAAAGAUGAAUCAUCUCAAAAUGAACCACCCCAAGAAAUCCCAUUCCACGAUGAACUACCCCAAGACAUUGCACCCAAAGAUGAACCAUCCCAAGAUGAACCAGCUGAAGACAUACCGUCCCAACAAACACCAUCCCAAUACAGUCUAGCUCAAGAAACACCAUGUCAGGAUGUUCCAAAGGACAUUUCAUACCAAGACACAUCAUCACACGAUAUACCACUCAAGCUAGACCUGGAUCAGUCAGAAGAUGAAUCACUUUCAGAAAUAAUAUAUCAAAACAUUCUAACAGAAGUCAUGGUACAAACCCAGGAAUGGAAAUCUGAGAAGAAAGCCCAUGGCAUCAAGUCCCCAAGAAGACUUUCCUUUGACCAAAGCAAAGAUAGGAAGUUCCAAAAGAGAUAUUCCUUAGACAUACCAAGGAAAAAUUUGCAAUACCAAAAGAGAUAUUCCUUGGACCUGUCAUCUCAAAGACGAAAAUCCCUAGACCAAAGAAUCAAAUCCUGGCUGUUCCCAAGGAAGCACUCCGUGGAUAAGCAAACACAAUAUAACCAAACCUCAGACCAACCCUCAGAUCAGCAAACUGAUGAUCAGGUUAAAACUAAGCAGGCUGAAGAUGAGAAGGUUGAUGAAGAUCAGCAGGUCCAGCAGGUCAAAAAAGAGAAAUCUCAGGAUGGAGAAAUUCAACAGGUUGUAAAGGAGCCAGACAAACCGCCCAAAGAUGAGGACCAGGAAGCAGAUAAGGAGAAGCCUCCAAAGAAAGAAAUCCAAGAUCAGCAUUUUGAAGACCAGAAAUCCCAAGAAGACAAAAGCCCAGAAGGACAGUUCCAAAAACCGAGACCAGAAAUUCCAGUGGAGAAACCUCGAAAGCCGUUCUGUCAAGACUGGAGCUAUGGAAGCUUUGACUACCCACCCUAUGAAGCCCAGGACAAGCAAUCUCCAUUCUGGACAUCCUCAUGUGGUCAGAAAAUCCAAGACUGGAGAAGUCAAGGCUGGAGAAACAAAGACUGGAAAGCACAAGAAUGGCAAUUUGGAAAGCAGCAUACCCUAAACUGGGGAUGCCAAGAUCUACUGGAACAAGAAUCCCUAAGGCAGAAAGCACUCUCCCAACAAAUUUCAACCCAAAGCAUCACAGCCCAGCAAAACCUGGGCUGCCAAUCACAAAACGUUCUGUCUCAAGUCAGUGAGUAUCAAGACCAAAAAGGCACUGGAUCCAGAGCUGUAAGUCAAGCUGUAUAUGCACACAGUACCCAGACAAAACUGAGCCAACAAGAGGACAUGAAAUCUGCAGAUCUGAUGUCAGAUGACACCAGGUCAGACCAUCAACCUUCUUGCAGCCAAAGCACAUAUCUAGCCUGUCUGAGCAGCAUGGAAUCUGACCAAGAAAUUCAGAAAAAUAGCCCAGCUUGCUCAGCUUCCAACAAAGAUAUGAAUAUAACUUCUUCCUCGAGUUAUGCAAGAGAUCAACAGCAGUCUGAAGAGUCUGAUUAA